AUUGUGUAACUGUUGUAGAGGCGAGGCGACAUUUUUUAGCUACUUUAAAAAAUCAUUCAUUUAAAAAUUUGAGUUUUUGUUUUUACGCUUUGAGAUUGAUUAAUCUUUUUUGUAUGUUGCUUAAUGAUUGAUGUUUUUAUUGUAUGUAGUAACGUCUAUAACUUUUAAAAAUGAAACCGUUUUCGGCUUUUAUGAAUGUUGAAAAUACUCGAUUCUACAUUGAUGAUCUCUAUUCAUCUGAUCCAACAGUCUGUUUGGGGUCCAUAUUAUGUAUUAAAAAUACUGUAAUUGGAUCAAAUCGUCAGAAGGAGAGUGUUAUAGCACAAGGAAUUGUACCUCGUUUGAUGCAACUUCUUAGAGAUAGUAAUGUUAGAAUAAAUGUCAGAAUAGAGGCGGCUGUUACUCUUGGUUCUCUAGCAAAAGGAACUGAAGAUCAUAUAGAAUUAUUACUGAAGUCAGGAGCAAUCCAAUUGCUCCUUGAUUUAUUAGAAGAAGACAAUCCUAAAUUGGUGGAUGCAUGUUUAUGCUGCUUACGAACAUUAACUCUACAAGACACAACAACAUUAAAUAAAUAUACUCUCAAACGUGUGCAAAAGUUGCUCAGUUUUGCUGGUCUUAAAGAAAAUACCCUAAGGCAAGAAUGUGUUGCAACAAUCUUAGGAGCUGCAUGCAAAACUGUAACAGAACAGAAUAAUCUCGCCACAGCUGGUGCUCCAUUAAUAUUAGCAUCACUCUUGACUGUUUCAAGUACUUCUGUGCGGAUACCAGUCUUAACUUGUCUGGCAGCAAUGAGUUAUAAUAAUCCAGCAGUGGCUCUUCAAAUUGUAAAUACUCAAUAUAAUGAUACCAGCAUAAUCAAACUGCUGUCCACGAUGAUCUGCCGGUAUAGAUCCAUAGAAAUGCAGAUAGAAGCAGCUAGGUGUUUAACAAAUUUACAUCGAGCUGGUGCUAUUCCUGCUAGUGAUCAUAUAAUCAUUUAUAGGACUUUACCUUGUUUAGUUCAGCUUUGUCAAGAGGACAAUUUAGAACAACAUAGAGCUGUAGCUGCCGAUGCCUUGGCAUAUUUGACAGAAGUAGACAGUGAGCUACAGAAGAUAGCAGCUAUAAGUAAUCAGCUGGUUUCUGCUAUGGUGGAUUUAUUGAACUGUCAGAGUGUUGCCGCUAGACAGGCUGCAUUCAGGGUUUUUGCAUCUUUGGCUGCAAACGACGAAGACAUUCGCAAGAGAAUCAUCGAUACGAAAUGUUUGAUGGAAAAGAUAAUGGAAGGGUUGCAAGAUGAAAAUAAAGAUAUAAAUUUGGCUGCUGUGAGAUGUCUCCAUUCUCUAAGUAGAUCGGUCCAACAGCUUCGUACAUCAUUUCAAGAUCAUUCUGUUUGGAAGCUUCUUAUGCCCAUAUUAGUAGAAUCUUCCUCGACAGAACUUCUAACAGCCGCUUCUUCGGCGUUGUGUAAUCUGCUACUGGAAUUCUCACCAGCUAAGGAGCCGAUGGUGCAGCAGGGUGUAAUCUCUGUCCUGGCGGAGUUGGUAACAAAACCGGAGCCUUCGAUUCGACUAAACGGCAUUUGGGCCCUUAUGAACCUCGCAUUCCAAGCAGAACAGAGAGUUAAAUCGUCUAUAUUGAAUUCUCUGGGAACCGACAAAGUCUUCAGGCUACUAGACGAUCCUGAUCCAAGGGUAAUUAUGAAGACGCUCGGUCUCCUCAGAAAUUUGGUGUCGCCUAGACCUCACACUGACGCAAUCAUGGCUCUGCAUGGGAUACAGAUCAUGCAAGGGGUAGUCUUCGUUUUAGAAAGUGCCCAUUCUCCGGAAAUCAAAGAACAAGCUCUCUGCAUUUUAGGUAAUAUAGCAGAUGGGGACAGAGCACGUGAACACAUCAUGAUGAACGAGGACAUUCUGAAGAAACUGGUCGCAUUUAUGAAUCAUCCGGCUCAGUGUCUGCAGGAAACGUCCAUUUUCUGUAUAAACAAUUUGGCGAGAAAAGGAGAAGUGGGCGCUUCGCAGAGACAGAACCGGCUCAAAGAUUUGGGCGUAGUUAAUAUACUACAAUCGCUUAUGAGCAACUCCAGCAACCAACAUUUCUAUAACAGAGUCAAGGCAACUCACUCGCAGUUUAUGAUGAAUGAUGUUUAAACUAAAAUUCUAUCUAAUGUUGUAUAUGUAUCAGAGGCUGGAGGUUAAGAACGAAGAGAAGAUGAAAGUAGACUGAACAAAAAAAAAUGGAAACGCUGAAUGAAAGCAACAACUGUGAAUUCUAUUUAUCUAUUUCAUCAAAAUAUAUAUUGUGUAUUUUGUUAUUAUUUAAAUCACUUCUCUCCUUAAUAUAGACGUUGUACUUUAUUGUGUACCAGACUUUUAUGUAACAGAAUUGUACAUUCGAUAUUUAAUAAUAGUAAUGAAAAACUAGUUGACUGAGUUUUAGCGAACAAUAUAGUUUUAAUUACACAAUAUAAGUACAUGAUUAUUUUUUUGGAAAUAGUGCAUGAUGAAGGCUGUGUAAGACAUUGAGUAAACAACUAUAUAGAAAUAGUGAA